AACCCGCUGCAGAAGUUCCUGGGCUCGUUCGCCCUGGAGUGUGCGGCCGUCAGUGAUAACUGGCCGGACCAGUGCGAUUCGAUGGACAUGUCCAUUUCAGCCUCUGACCUGGACCCCUGCGGCAUGAUCGCGUCGUUCAACCUGGGCAUCGUCGAGGGUACCAUGCUGCUUGCCUUGACUCAAGAUGAGCUCAACGCCUUUCACAGCAAGGUCGAGGGCGGUUCCGACUCUGACUCGGAAGAGGACGCAGAGUGCGACGAACCACCCGCGAAGAAGGUCAAGAGCGCCGCAGACGAGGAUUCUCUGCGGCUCUACUUCAAGUGGAAAGGCCGGAACACAACUGACACCGAGAUACAUGACGGGAGCAGGGAUGUAGGCACCAUAGACUUCCUUGACUCCAAAGCAAUACAGUUCAAGGGCAUCGGAGGCUUCCCUGCCCUGGGAUCAAAGUGCGAAUUCACAGGAACAAGAUACGACAAGGAACCUACCACCGUUCCUCUGCCCUGGAGCACUUUUUCAGACGAGGCUGCUCAACUAGCCAACGAGAACAGAUGGUAGGCGUCUCAACGCAGGAAGAGGGGAAGAGAUAUACCUAUAUGAUACCCCCCUCCCCUUCCAACCCCAACGUUGCGAUGUCCUCUCUGUUUGUCCUGUUCCGUGUAAUUUUAUUAUGCCCGAUUUUAUCUACUGUCCAUCCUCUAACCUCUCUCGCUUUGCUUCUACGGAGCAUCAGCCCACCAUAUUUACCGUCCCUCCUCUUUUCUUUUUACGUGAACCAUACAUACCUUUCUUUAUA